GGAAUACCAUUAAAAUAAAAAUUCGGCUUUAUCUGAUUGUUUGAACCUAAACCUGCUCUUUUUGCACCUUCCAAAGUAGUUAAACACACAUUUGUACUUCCCGUUGCAUUUUAACUAGUGUGUAUUUGUGAUGUGAUGCUAACUUGCUGACGUCAGUGCGACGGCGCAAGACGCUUCGUGGAUGUUUCAAUGCAUAGCAUUAGUUAGUUAUAGGUUAUGUUUACAAUGUUAGGUACGUAUUUUUUCGCGUUUUAGUUAUAAUAUUACAAUAGUCAUGUUUCGUAAAUAUUAUGAAAACUUAUAUUUGCUUUAAAACUGCUUCAACGUAUUAUUAAAUAAUGAAAAAUAAACAGUCGACACAUUCAGGCAAUUUAACUUGUUAAGAUUACACGUAGUCGGUCGCAUAUUACAAUGAACGAAAUGGAUUAUAUUGCUGAGUUCCAGUACUGAUAACGAGACAUUUCAGUAACAAGUUUGCUGUGAUACAGUGCGGUGUUGUGUGUUUUGUUUACAUAUUUGUCAUAAUGGGCGACAACGUCAAUAAUGUGCCUAUUUUAAACAUUCCUGGUAAUGAAAGAAUAUUAAAAUUAAGUGAACAAUUUUAUAAUGAUUUUGGCAGCAAACCUUAUUAUUACGUCCGUGUGCCGGGGCGUGUUAAUAUUAUCGGGGAACAUAUUGACUACUGUGGAUAUCCGGUGUUGCCUAUGGCUCUGGAACAGGAUAUAUUGAUGGCAGCAAAUAUUAUAGACGAGCCAAAACUAUCCUUACGGAACGCAGACAAUAAAUAUAAAAGUGUUGAUAUAAAAAUAAAUACGCAAGAACUUGAUAUCGAACCAGAUUUGAAUGGAAAACCUUUUUGGUAUAAUUACAUUUUAUGUGGAAUUAAAGGAGCGAUGGAACACUUGAAAAGUAGCGAAUGGAAAGGUCUUCAGCUUUACGUUGACGGUAAUAUUCCUCCCGCGUCAGGCUUAUCUAGUUCUUCGGCGCUUGUGAGUGCAGCUUGUUUAGCGUUUCUGUACGCUCAAAAUGGUACGCUGGAUAAGACUGAAAUUGCUUCAUUGUGCGCCAAAAGUGAACGGUACAUAGGAACACAAGGCGGAGGCAUGGAUCAAGCUAUUGCAUUUCUCGCAAAGAAAUAUAGCGCUCAAUACAUUACUUUUCAACCAUUGAACGCAACACCAGUCGCAUUACCAGAAGACGCCGCAUUUGUUGUAGCUCAUAGUUUAGCUGAAGCUAACAAAGCUGCAACUAAUGAUUUUAAUAGACGCGUAAUAGAAUGCAGAUUAGCAGCUAAAAUUAUAUCCAAGUUAUCCGGCUUAACUUGUGAAGGGAAAAUUUUAACCCUUAGUCAGCUUCAAAGAAACCUUAAUAAUAACUUGGAAGAGAUGAUAGAACUAGUCCUGAAGUAUCUACCUCAAGAAAUAUAUACGAAAAAGGAAGUCUGUGACAUCCUAACUAUGAAGGAAGAAGAAAUUGAUGAAUUAUUCUUAACUAGCAAUACGAAGCAUUUAACCGAAUUCAAACUUAAGCAACGAGCUCUUCACGUUUACCAAGAAGCUCAGAGAGUUGAAGAAUUUCGUAAAAUAUGUUCACAGUCUGAAUUGGGACACAAUACCAUGAACGGGGCCACGAAUGGGUCGGGAAAUGGUCAUAUUAAUUCUAAUAAUUCAGAAGUAUUGCUAGCACUUGGAAGACUGAUGUCUGAAAGCCAUGAGAGUUUAAAAACCUUGUAUGAAUGUUCCCAUCAAAACUUAGACCAUCUUGUUAAUAUAUCUAAAAAAUUCGAUAUCAAUUCUCGACUGACGGGCGCAGGUUGGGGAGGGUGUAUUGUCGCUCUUUGUCCAAAGGAAAAAGUUGAACAGUACAUAGAAUUAUUAAAAGACGAGUUUUAUGUAAAAUAUUGCAAAUUGGACAAAAAGAGCGCAGAGUCGUACGUUUUCGCAACAACUCCAAAUCAUGGGGCUUUGAUAUAUGGAAAUAUAUAAAGAAAUGCAAUAAAUCUACUAUUGAAGUUCACCAUUUUUUUAAGGUAAAUGCAAAGAAGGCUAAGAUUCAUAUUUUGUAAUACAAAUUGUAUGAAUAAUGGUAUUUACUUGGUUAUUUAAUUUGUUAGAUUCUACGCCAUAUACGCAUUUAUUUAUGAUUUUACUGAUUAUCUAUUUCAUUAAAUGUAUCCAACUGCGAGAUGAAGAUGAAAUAUAUUUGAAUUCUGCAGUAUUAUUUAAAAAUGUAAACGUAAAACAUCAAAUCAAUUUAAAUUGUAAUCGGAAUAUCAAUUCCAAGGUAAUAUGUUGUAAAGUUUGAGGUGAUAUUUUAGAUUUUGCAUAUUUGUGUCAUAAUAUUUCGUAAUUGUUCACCUGCAAUAAGAUUUUCGAUUAGUUGAGCUUUUGUUAGUUGUGAAACAUUUUAGAAUA